GGUUCGGGCUCGGCGUGGGCUCGGGGUCCGUGCGGGUGCGACCCCCGAAGCGCAGCCAUGAGCCCCAAGAGCUGCCUGGGCUGCACCAAGUGCUUCCUCUUCCUCCUCAACCUCUUCUUCUUCUUCCUGGGCAUCCUCCUCCUCGCCUUCAGCUUCUGGGUCCUGUUCGACCGGCAGAGCUUCGCCGCCGUGCUGGGGUCGCCGCUGCUCAGCCUGAGGCUCUGCUCCUACGGCUUCUCGGGGGUCGGCAUGGCCACCAUGCUCCUGGGCUUCCUGGGCUGCCUGGGGGCCCUCAAGGAGGUCAAGGCCAUGCUGGGGCUGUACUUCGGGCUGCUGCUGCUGCUCCUCGCUGCCCAGAUCACCGUGGCCAUCAUCGUCUACACGCAGCGCGCCGCUCUGGCUGCCAAGGUGGCCACCUACGCCGAGGAGCUGAUCCGGAGCUACCCAGCCCAGGGACCACCUGGGGACCCCCACGAGAGCUGGGACGCUGUCCAGCAGCAGCUCGGCUGCUGUGGCUGGAAGGGACCCCAGGACUGGGAGCAGCACGAUGGGGACGGGGACAGAGCCAUCGCCUGCUCCUGCCUCAGGGCACCCAACAGCACCCACGGGAGCCCGGAGGUGCUGCCCCACGGCCGCUGCCCCACGGCCGCCCCCCAGGACACCUUCCCCACGGGCUGCAAGGAGAGAGUCCAGAGCUGGCUGGCCGGAAACCUGGUCACCAUCGUGGGGGCUUGCGUCGGCAUCGGCCUGGGGGAGCUCUCCCUGCUGAUGCUGUCGAUGUUCCUGCUCCGGAACCUGGACUCUCGCUACGAGAAGAUGCUGCGGGGGCUCUGA